UUUCCAGAUCUACAAACAAAUUUGAAAAUCAAGAAAAAUUGGGAUAUGCUAAUGUUUAUAAGAUUCGAGGCAAAAUACUUAGACAUGGUAAAAUAAUUUUUAAACUUGCCAAAUGAUGUUUUUUUCAGACUUAAGCAUUCAAUGUAAAGUUUCAGUAGAUUGGUACGAUGCAAUUGACAAUUUAAAAUUUACAUAUCGUAAUAUGUUGGAAGAAGAAUUAUUUUCGGAUUGCGUGAUUAAGGUGUACUUGAAAUUUAAAAAUAGUCAGACCAUGGUGUAA